AUGACCAGUACAGACUCUGUCCCCAUGAAAGACUCGAUAGAGCAAACUCUCCAGCACAUUCGAACCGCAGAGAGCGUCUUCGUUCCAAAGGAUGUGUUUGAAAAACUCUACCUCAACCCUGAAAGGCCAGUCGCCGGUCGACUUCGUCAGACGGUCGGCAAUCCGACUCCGCUGGGCUUGAUUGGAUUCUUGCUGGCUGGAACUCCGAACGCCAUAGCCUCCAUGGGCUGGAGAGGUGCUGGCGGCAAUGGCGGCGCACUCCUAACCGUCUUCAUCUUCUUCGGAGGAGUCCUUCAAAUUAUAGGCGCCUUGGGAAAUUGGAUGUUGGGUAACACAUUCUCUAGCACGGUAUUCUUUACAUUCGGUGGCUUUUGGCUCUCGCAAGGCACUGCCCUCCAGCCCUUUUAUCCCAUCGGCGCCGCCUAUUCUGCCGCUGGCGACAAUGCCGAGGGAAUGACCACGCCCGGGUUCUAUGCGACUACUGGUUUCUUCUUUCUCUGCAUGGCUGUGUUGACAUACAUGUUUGCCGUUUGCGCCGUCCGAGUUAAUGUCAUCCUCUUUGCCGGCCUCCAUUUUCUUACUGUCGGAUUCGGUUGUUUCACCGGUGUGUACUGGAACUUGGCAGAAGGGAAUCAUGAGAUGGCAGCACGACUCCAGAAGGUCGGUGGAGCGUUCGUGUUUGCCUUGUGUGCAAUCGUCUGGUAUCUCUUGUUCUCGGAGCUCUUGGAGUCGGUUGACUUUCCAAUCGCCCUUCCCGUCGGUGACCUGAGCCAGGUCGUGCCAGGCAUGAAACGCAGGAGGGCAUCAUCUGAUCCCGACAAGACCAAGUAA